AUGUCAACUUACGCGUUAGUUAUGGAUUAUUUGGACGAUCAGAGUUUACUGCAUCUCCACACCGUUCACGGCCUUCACAACUGCUGUCUGGGAGGCUGGGAAGACGCUAGCAUCCCUGAUGAAGAUGGGGGAGACGCCAGCAUCCCUGAUGAAGAUGGGAGAGACGCCAGCAUCCCUGAUGAAGAUGGGGGAGACGCCAGCAUCCCUGAUGAAGAUGGGAGAGACGCAAGCAUCCCUGAUGAAGAUGGGGGAGACGCCAGCAUCCCUGAUGAAGAUGGGGGAGACGCCAUCACCCCUGAUGAAGAUGGGGGAGACGCCAGCAUCCCUGAUGAAGAUGGGGGAGACGCCAGCAUCCCUGAUGAAGAUGGGGGAGACGCCAGCAUCCCUGAUGAAGAUGGGGGAGACGCCAGCACCCCUGAUAAAGAUGGGGGAGACGCCAGCACCCCUGAUAAAGAUGGGGGAGACGCCAGCACCCCUGAUAAAGAUGGGGGAGACGCCAGCAUCCCUGAUGAAGAUGGGGGAGACGCCAGCACCCCUGAUAAAGAUGGGGGAGACGCCAGCACCCCUGAUAAAGAUGGGGGAGACGCCAGCACCCCUGAUAAAGUUGGGGGAGACUGGCAUAACCAAUGA